AUGGUCAAUUUUCUUUCAUUUGAAGACAUUAUUCUUGAACUUAUGGACGAUGUUGAAGUAUCUGCAAAGGCAUUCAAUCAAGUUAUCGAUGAAUUCUUCACAGAACGUCAAAUCAUAUUUGACAUUGUUUAUUUUAAAAGUUUUGAUAAUUUGACUGAAUUAAUUGACAGCAUUUUGAAGCAAAGCAAUGGAAACUUUUCGUACGCAUUAAGCAGCUAUGAUGAGAAUCUGCCAAAUUAUUUAUAUUUUAUGCAAUCUGCAAUUUUUUUCCUUUAUUCAUGCAACGACAUAUUUUCACUACAUACAUCAGUAGAAUUGACAAACUUGUCACCAAAAGAGCUAAAAUUUCUCGUUUUCAUCCAAAACUGUUCACUUAAGGAGCUUGAAAACAGCAUCGACCGUCUAGUUGAAAGAAACGAGUUGAAUUCUGACCGAGGAUAUAUUGAAGUUUUUGAAUAUUUAUUGAUUGAUGAUGAAAAUUUGAUUCAUUUAGCAUCAAUCGAGUGGUUUACUGAGCUUGCUUGUAAUCAGAUUCAGUUAGUUGUGCUGAAUACUUUUGAUAAAAAUAAUCAGAAAUGGAGAGAAGAUUUGGAAAAUUAUGAAAAGUUUCAGAAUUUCUACGGAUGCCAUUUAAAGAUGUUUUUAUAUGAAAAUUCUACAACAUGCUGGGAACGAAUUGAAAAAACACAAGAUGGCUUGAUACCAGCUGGAUUAAAAUUUGAUGUCUUUGAAAUCAUCUCCAAAAUAGCUAAUUAUUCUCCUGACUAUAAUUUUAAUGACUCAAAUUUUGAUAUAGUUUUUAACAUUUUUAACAAACGAUCAAUUUUGAAUACUUUAACGCAUAUGACAACAUCAUUUAUUGAGUCUCGAGAAAUAGUCGUUACAACACUUGGAGAGCCUUACACAUCGUAUGAGAAGCUAUGGCUGCCUUUUGAUGAUGCAACUUGGAUGUUUUUAAUUUUUACAUUUUUUAUUGGAUUUUCGUCAAUUUUCAUUAUUUAUCGACUCAACAAUUUCAUACAAAUUGGCAUUUUUGGAAGUAACAUCAAAACACCGUCGCUGAAUAUCGUUGGAACAUUUUUUGGAAUUCCACAAUUGAAGGUUCCAACUAAUCACAUUCCUAGAUUCCUUCUCAUAAUGUUUGUAUUCUUUUGCUUAAUCAUCCGAACUUGCUAUCAAAGUAAAUUAUUUGAGUUUAUGACAAGCACACCAAGACGAAGUCCACCACAAACAAUACAGGAACUAAAAGACAAUGAUUUUAGAAUAUUUUUUGUCCAAGAUUAUAAUGAUAUUGAAGAUUUAAUUGAGGAUGAAAAGAUGAACUGGCCUCAAACAUAUCCAAUUAGUUAUGCAGUAUAUAAUAAAAUAUUCAUCUAUCAAUCACACAAUGCAACUGCUAAAAUUGGACUUAUUAUUGAUGAGCCAUCAUGGAAAAAUUUUAAAAAAAUUGGAAGUGAAAAGUUUGGAUUUAAAAUUGAUUGGCAAACCAUUCCCAAUUAUUACUUAGCAGUUGGUCAAUCUGGAUUUUUGUUUAAUGCAAACAACUUCUUCUUUCAUAUUUUUGAUGAGACUGUCCAAAAAUUGAUACCAAGUGGAAUUAUGGCUCAAUUGCUUCAGAACUGUUUUCCAUUUGAAGUGAAAUCUAAAUCCAAAAAGGAUGCAAUUGUGCUGUCGAUCGAGGACUUAGAUUUCGGAUUUAUUAUUUGGCUUGGAUGUUGUGCUGUUUGUGCUGCUUGUUUUGUAGGAGAAAUUUUUAUUUGGAUUUUUUGGAGGACAUUAGAGCAAAUGCAAAGUCAAAAAUGUCCUACAAAAGUUAAAUUUGCAAAGGUUUGUCCAGUAAAUACUGCAAUGCAAUCGAUGGAACAAAAAAAUUCUGAGAACUUGAAUAUUUUUCGCAUUCAGAAGUUGAAUUUAGAUUCAGAUGGACUUCAGACAGAUUCUAAUAUUGAAUAUGAUAUAUAUUGUAUUUUUGGAAAAAAAGUUGAAAUAUUAAAGAUUGAGGAUGAAAUUGACGAAUUUAAAUUUCAGUCACACAUGAAGAAUACUUAA